AUGUGUCAGUCAAGCGCCCUGCAGGGACCAGAGCUGCACUCAGGGAAAUGGUGAGAUGCUGCAAAGCUUUAUCUAACCCUCCUCGUUCUUGCUGCAACCUUCACAAAGUUAGAAUUCAUGUCCGGAGGCUGAGCUCAGGGAAUGGUGGCAGCAGCGGCAGCUGUGCUGGGGAGCAGCACCCGCAGCUGGAAAAUCCGGGCCCAGGUGGGGGCACCCCAAAUAGGAGAGCCCGUUUCAGGUACAGUCUAGCAUAUGUUUUGCUUUGUCAGAAGGUGCUGGAAGGAAGGGGGAGGGGGGAAGGAAGGGGAGGAAGGGAGGGAGGAAGAGUGGCAGCUGCCUGCAAAGCCUUUGUUUGGCCCAAUUUACUCCCAAGCUCUUUAUGCGCUUGAUUGACAGUCAAAGUGGGUGUUGCACUGGAGUUGGGCAUCCUUUCCCCCUUCCAAGCCUUUUUGAGGAGUGGGGCAAGAGUGAAAUAGAGCAGCUGGGUGUGUGUGUGGAAAAGAAGGGCCAUGUGGGGGCAAGCAAGGAUGCUUUACAGCUAGCUGCAGCUCUGCGGGGAUUGGCCCAUGAUUGUCUGCAGCGAAAGGGGGGAGAUGGAGGAAGAAGAAGGAGGCAAGAGAGAGGCAUCUUUUUCUUUGAGCUCCCCUCUGUGGAUCCAGCCAGUGAGAGGAGGCUGAGCAGCAUCCAUGAGGCCCCAUUACAGCCUCCCCCCCUCCAGGCCGAGCUUCCCUUUGAAGAUUAGUAAACUUUACUCUUCUUUGGCCCUAAGGAAACCUGGCUGCCCCUUAUUUGUGGGGAAUUGCUUGAGCCUUCGUUGACCUCAUCAGGACCCCAAAGCACUCCUAUUCCCCAAUUUUCACUCUGGGUCCAGACCCUGACCAGAAUGUGUGCUUGGAAGCGUCCCAUAGGCUCUCUUGCCGCUUCCUCCUUAGAAGGAAGUAAAGGGGUGGGUUCUUCUUUUCUCCCUGAUAUGGGUGGACUGUGUGUGGGCAAGGAACAGGCCUGCUAAGCAAGUGAUCACUUUUAGGCUCAAAGGAGAUUGAAGUGCCGGUGGCUGCAGCCAAGUGGAGGCUUAUUCAGUUGUUGUUCCAAAAAUGCAGGUAAUUUAAAACAGAAAAGCAGAGAAUUACCUGUCCAGAAAGAAUAAUCAAAACAGAGCUGGUCUCUCCCAGUCGUAUCUUUUUUUGCUUUUGUCCAGUGAGAGGUUCCUCUGGCCUCAGUCCCAUGGCAAGAGGUGUAGAACCCCUUGACUUUAUGAAGGCCCAGGGAACUGUUAGAGAAAGAAAAAUAAGGGGAUUGGCUUUUGCUGCCGAACUCCCCAAGGGACCGAGUCCCCUAAGUCCAUGAUCGGUCAGAGAUCAAUUGAUGGGGGCAAGAUCCAUAGAAAGCAAGGCAGAUCUUUAUUUUUCUGUUGCAACAGCGUUCCCUCCCCUCCUUGCAAGGAGGUAGGAGAGACCUAGAACAAUGGUGUGCAAGCCCCUAUAAAGACUUUUGAAAUUGCCUACCCUGUAACCCAAGACCACCCCCCAAAACAUCAUACAUACAUCACAGAAAGAGGCGGUCUCCAGCAGAAAUUUGAGAGUGCUGCUUCUCUCCUGUCUGCCAGGAUACCUGAUAUUUUCUGGGUAGCCUGGCCAUUCCUUUGAGAUGAUAAACACUUUAGUUCCUGAAUCUCUUACACAUAUUGAUAGUUUAACAGAUACUUGCCAGACUGUAUUUUCAGGGAGGUGUAAGCCCCUCCAGUCCAAAGACAAUUGGAAAGCUUUUCCCAUUUCCUUCCUCCUUGCAGAGAAAUAUUUGAGGUCAAUUUGGGAGAGUCAAAAUGGCUUCAGGAUUACUCAGGAGUACUAUUUCCGAUACGUAGUUUAUAUCCUUAUGUAUGUGUUUGCCUUGUACAUUUAUGAACAUUUAUUCUAUAUUUGAGACCUUAGAAUUCUUAUAAUCACCCUGGAAGUGGAGUGAACCUUUGGUGCUUAGUAGCAAGUGUGUUCUGCUUUAGGCGAGACCUUUUGGUCUCCCUGGAUGACUCAGGAUGUAACAUUUUCCUGGUUUCAUGCAGCCCUGCUGCUGUAGGAUCCUAUCCCUGGCUCUGUGCAGGACCUGUUACUGGCUGGUAACUUUUAGCCUUAGCAGCUCCUUCACUAGGAUUUGCCUGACAAAGUUUCCUUGGGACGCCAAAAGAAAGGCAGGAAACCCCCUCUGUGCUCUUUUGUACACAGUAGUAGUUUGGGUACGAUUACUGCAAGCCCCAAAGAAAUAUAGGUUCUCAAAUAGCAGGGAACAAGGCUGGGGCCAUGUUGGUUUCAUCCUACAGCGUCAGUGGGAAGAUAGACCUUCCAUUACUUGGUAAUAAUGCCUCUCUGCCAUCCUCCAUUACAGCUCUUUUGCUGCAGACAAUUCCAUGUCCACACUGAAUUAUAUUUUAGAGAGUAUUCUGUCUUUUCCAAAUGUGUCAUUGCUUUCUUUCUAGUGGAUUAUGGGCAAAGCCUUUUAUUGAGUGGUUCUAAAAAGUACAGUGUGGCUUAGGCAGGUCAGCCUAAAGACAGCCUCGCUUCCCUUCUGAAACAACUGCUGAGUAGCAAGUGCAUUCUCACACUCAUUCCUGGCCUUUAAUUUUUGGGAAAGAGCAAGAGCGGGUGGAUGGGCAGGUGGUAGGUAGAGAUGUUCCCGUGUCCACAGAGAGGUGCUUCUGAUUGACCAGGUGCUUGACUUUUGAGAGUCAUCAGUGCCUGUGCUCAAGUUGGCUGACCGUUUUUGUGUGUGUGUGUGUGUGUGUGAUCCUACAGGUUGCAAUUUCCCCAGCUGGCCCUGAGGCGGAGGUUGGGCCAGCUGAGCUGUAUGUCUAGGCCCGCUCUGAAACUCCGUUCUUGGCCUCUGACUAUUCUCUAUUACCUUCUGCCUUUUGGUGCUCUUAAACCCUUGACCAGAGUGAGAUGGAGGCCUAUGAGCAGGGUAAGUGCUUGCAGGUUUGUACUGCGCUUUCGGAUGCCUUAUUUGGAGGAGGAGGGUGGCUGUUAGCAGGGAGAAAAGGCUGAAGUAGAGCUGGCAUAUGGAGCCCUUCCCCUGCCACCCCUUUCUCAAUCACAUCACUAGUGGAGCUUGGAGAGCAUUUCCUUUUAGUGGAUAAUUUCACCUGCUAGCGUCAUGUGUGGAAGUUAUGUGUGGAAUCAGCUCCUAGAGAGAAAAUGAGAGGAAAAUUCUGGAUAAGCCAAGGUGCAUUUAUUAUGAUGUGAAGAUGGAUGUUGGCUUACGCCAUCCAUGGCUGCUGAGAGGGCAGGGACCCUCACUGGGCACUGUGAUAUUUUGGGAGAUUGACGCUGCACAUGUUGCAGGAAUGCUUUGUUGCAUCCCUUCAUGCAAACAUGUCUGUGCCAGACCUCUGCGGGUAUGCAAUACAUGAAAGGACACUGUCAACUUGUAUAGUAUAGGAGUUUUUAAAACAAGCCAUUUGUGCCUUAGUCAUGCUGGUAUUACAAGCAUAUUGUGCCAUUAUUUUGAAUAUAAUUGUGUCGUGCCAGGAAACCGCUGGGCAGGAGUCUACCUUCACAGCCAUUUCAUUCAUCCUCCCCCCCCUUUAAAUGGGAAUAGUGUUGCUGAGAAGAAUCAUUAGCUGGAAAAUCAUUAGUGUGAUCUUCAGAGUGGCUAUUGCUCACUUGCUUUUCAGUCUACUCUUAUUUUAAAGCUGACUUUCCUCCUUCAUCUUAAGUCCAUUUCAGGCAGCCAUAAGAGAAUCUUAUGAGCAGGCAGUCAUGGCUAUAAACCUCACAUCCCUUUUCUUCCAGGGAGCUCAGGGUGGUGUAUAUGGAGGUUCUCUGAUUUUUAUCGUCACAACCAGUGCUUUUUUUCUUUAAAAAUGUUUAGGGGUACUCUCAUUUUGACUCAAGAAAAUCACCAUUUUAUAGUUCAAAUUGGGAAAAAUAAAUACAGUAAAUGAACAAAAGUACAAAGAUUCACAAAAUGUUUAGGGGUAUGUGUACCCCUGCAUACCCCCAGGAAAAAAGCACUGGUCACAACUACCCUGUAAAGCAGACUAGGCAGGCAAAGGGAUUAUUUUCUCUCCUCUACUGCACAAUAUUGAAUUCUCUUAAAGUGAUUUUGGCCACUCAACAGUUGCCUCCAACAGCCUUCCCUUCAGAGUGUCUGUUUUUCCUCUGUGCAGGCAGCAUUCUACAUUUGAGCACCCACCUUCCAAACUGAAGUGGGCCUGUUGCAUGCUUCUGAAACGGAACUGUGAAUAAAAAGGGGUGGUGGCAGGGGGGUGCCUAAAAGAACAGAAUCUACUGACAAGGAGCUGCUGUCUAAUGCAUAGCCCACCUGCAGUUUUUAAUGGCAUGCUGUGUGUUGCAGUCUGUGGUUUUCCCAAAUGUGUAGCUUUUCAUUGUUUCCAAAUGGUAGAGCAGAAGCUACCCUGAAAAGAAGAACAGGGUGUAUGUGUGUGGCCCCGAGCUAGCCUGGGGCCUUCUAGGCCUGAGGAACUUACCUGGCAAAUAUUAGAGAACACAUGGUGAACCAAAAUGGAUGCCAAUAAUGGAAAAAGUUCAACUGAUUGAAAUGUUUGGUGAAUCACAGUGGCAAUUAAUGUGAGAUCUUGGGAGAUGAUAUGGACCUGAUGUAGGGUUAAAGAAAGCUUCAUUCCUAAUAAGAUAGUAAAAGGAGCAGUGUCACAAGUGAGUUGUUUUCAAGAGUAUGUUGGAAUGUGUCAAAGUGACCCCAGUAAAGGCUUGCCAAAAAAAUAAAGGGAAUAUAAGAACAUAGCAAACAGCCUAUGUUUUGUCUUCACUGAUUGGCAGUGGCUCUCCUGGGUUCCAAGCCGAGGACAUUCCUAGCCCUACCUGGAGAAGCUGCCAUUGAGGCUUGAACCUGAGGGCUUCGUUAUGCAAUGCAAGUGCUCUGCUACUGAGCUACUGUACUACAGAGCUACAGGUCCCAGUUACACUUUCCACUACGCAGAUUACGGGCACCCAUAAUCUAUUACUUAGGUAGGGUCGCCAACCUAAGUGAUGAAAUUGACAUAAAAGCUGGUACAGUUGCCAGUCAGAACCUAGGAAGAUUCUCCCUCCUGCACUUGUUCAGACCACACGACUCGUUGGCCCCUGACAACUUUAUUCCGAAAUACUGCAGGAAACUUGGAAAUCAUUUUAAAGAAUAGUUGCACUGGAGAAAGUAAGGAUAGGAAAUAGUAAGUCUUGGAUUCAUAUUCAAAUUACUCUGAUUGCUUAGUCAAGGCAAUUAUAAUGCUCUUCUUAAUCCAUAUUAUUUUCUAACUGCUAUAUUGCUAUACUAGAUUUCUAGUCUUUCUUUGAAGGUCAUAAUAUUAUCUUCUGUAUGAAGGAUAAUAUUAUUUUCUGAGUGAAGGAUUGUGGAUCAGCAAACCAGUUUGUUUGUAUCACUUGCCAUCUUGAGUAUGUGGUCUUUAUCACCAGCUAUACUUUGCCCCCUGGCUAACCCACCGGGUUGCUGAAGUGCACAUUUGAAACCUAGAUGACACCAGCACAUUAACACCAAGUGUUGCACACCCUUUUGAUCAUAAGGGAGCUUGAAAAAUUCAGGAGAUAUAAAAAGUAGCUUGCUUUCUGCUUCCUGGCUCAGUUUUCAGAGUGUUCUGAUGAGUGAAAUAAAGUGGCGUUUCUUUUAAGGAGAAAGAUAAAUAUUUUCCUAUUUUUAUGAGGAGCCUCAUAAUUAGGAAUAGUGAAAGGACAUGAGUUGUCCUGUAUUAUCCCGAGUGUACAAGCUGCAGUGGCAACAGGCUGGUGUGUCUGUGUGCCAUGAUCACAGCGCAGUUCCAAGCAUUUUCCCUCUGAACUCAGCUGAGCAAAUACAACCCUAGACACUUCCCCCACCCCUCCUCGAAGCAUUGUUCCUCGCCUGACAUGGCUGUGCCAAUAGCCAGCCAUGUAGGAAACUGCAGAUGCAGGAGAAUAGGUCUGUGGAAGUGGCUGCUGGGGCACCCUGCUCUUCCUUCCUAAGCCAGAAAGCUGUUGAACAGCUUUGCCCAGUGAUGAUGGCAGCUGGGCUGCACCUGUACACCAGUCAGACCUUUUCAUCAUACCAGCAGUCUCUGUACUUAUCCUAAAGUAAUGACCCCCGACCUGUCAUACUGGUGCCUAGUUAUAGACUGUCCUUAUAUCCACAGGAACUCAUACUAGAAGGGCUGGAGGGGCACAACCAAUGCAUUACCUUCUGGGGUUUUUACUAUAGCUCCCAUCAUCCCUGAACAGUGGCCAUGCUGACUGGGGCAGAUGGGAGCUGUAGUUCAAAGUAUUAGAAGGGCAGUCAGACCAUUGGUCUAUCGAGCUCAGUAUUGUCUACGCUGACUGACAACAGCAGUUCUCCAGGGUUUAAGAUGGGACAGUCCCAGCUCUACCUGCUGGGGACUGAGCCUGGGAUCUUCUGCCUGUAAAGCAGAUGGUCUAUCAUUGUGCUGCGUCUCUCAUCCUGCCACUCUGUCCUUCUCAAGGACACCCUUCCACAUCUUGAGGUGUACUGUUUUUGGACAUUCCCAUUCCAGAUAGCUUCCUCCUUUCAAGGGUUGGUUGGGAUUGAUGGGAGUUGUCCAAAACAUCUGGAGGUUACCAAGCUGAUCUAACGAAAGCAUGAUCUUUAUCAAGGGGGAUAAAGUUAGCUUGGCAAGAUUUGCUAUUGGAAGAUCCAUUCUGGCUAGUUUUGUGAUGCUCUGCUUUUUUCCUUUUCUUUUCGGUAAGCAAUUUACAGACAAGUGGCAUGGCUCUUCUAAAGUUUCUGCCAUGUUGAGAGAUUUUCUUUUCCCAGCUCUGCGUCCCUCAAGAGGAAUGCCAGGGGUUUCAGGAUUAACCAAGGGGGGAUUUGAAGGAAUUAGCUACAGCAAUUUCCUCAGGCCUUGCUGCCUACAGAUAAUCCCGCAGUAUUUUAACCUGUUCCCACCCUGUUCUGACCUAGAUCCUAUCCCUGCUUUACAGUUAGCACACCCCUCCCACAGAAUACAAAGCAACCUCCUCCUCCUUGCCAGUCACAGCAAUUAAUCAAGAAUAUAUCUGUGUUCCAGUUGCACAGAAGCAGCAGAAUGCAGGAUUCUUGCAUCAAGGUCUGGGUGCUGGUGCAAAUGGAACCAUGGCCUCCUUGUUCUAGGGGCAACUCCCACUCCCUGCAUCAUAUCCAGGGUAGCUGCUUGUGCUGCCACAAAGACCUUACUAGCCCAAAGAGUUAUUCAGGGGUAGAAGGGGUACUGGGCCACCACUAGCCCCUUCUACCCUUCCUUGAGAAUGUGCAUGAUCUCCAUGGGUUUGUUUUUCCAGUACAGCAGUCAGGGAACUGUUUACUUUGGGGAAGGGCCGCAGUUCAGUGGCAGAGCAGCAUCUCCAGGUUGGACUGGGAGAGACGCCUGAGACUGAAUCCCUGGAGAACUGUUGCUGCUGGUCAACGUGGACAGUACUGAGCUGGAUGGACUAAGGGCCCAACUCUGUUAGGCAGCUACUGCUGUUCCUAUAUACUUUUGCCAAGACACAACAUCCUCAGAGAUGUGAAAUUGCUCAUGGUGGCCCCCAGCGAAUAGGCAUCCUGAAGCCAUGAGGCCCUUUCAGAAGUUGUUAGCAGCUGCGGAGUUGCCUCUCCUCCCAACCUCACUGCCUAAUCCAGGGGAGAGAACCAGUCAUCUAUUCGAGGUGCAUAUGCUAUGAGGAUAUGUUCAGCAUAGCUCAGUUGGUUGGGCAUGAGAUUCUUAAUCUCGGUGCCGUGGGUUCAAGCCCCACACUGGGUAAAAUAUUGCAGGGAGUUGGGACUAUCAGGGUUUCCCAAACUUGGGUCUCCAGCAGUUUUUGGACUACACCUCCCAUCAUCCCAUGCUAGCUGGACCAGUGGCCAGGGAUGAUGGGAAUUGUGGUCCAAAAGCUGCUGGAGCCCCAAGUUUGGGAAACCCUGGACUAGAUGAUCCUUGUAGUUCCUUCCAAUUCUAUGAUUCUAUGAAUGGAUUCUAUGAACCAUUUCAUGGUUAGACCAAAAUGUGGAAGCUGCCAUGAUCAUUAUUUGGGUGGUGUGUGUGUGUGUGUGUGUGUACCCCGUUAAUUAGUCUUUAAUUGCCAGCUUUUUUACGUCCAGCCUUUCCACCUUUGUAGAUCAGUAGAGGGUGCAUGGGAAAUUACAUUCUCCUCCCAACAUACUCCCCCACCAGCAGUCUCUGAUCUCUUGCAUUAAAAUUAGCCAAGGGCAGGUUUUCAGUUGUUUUUUUCAGGUGAGUGGGUGUCGUGAAGUAGCUCCCAUCUUCCUCCUCUGUUUUUAGGUUUCCCUGUACAAAUCUGUGCCAACGCGACUCCUUUCCCGAGCCUGGGGGCGCCUGAACAGUGUUGAGCUGCCCACCUGGCUCCGGAAGCCGGUCCUCAGCCUAUACAUCUGGACAUUUGGUGUCAACAUGAAGGAGGCUGCUGUGGAAGACCUUCACCACUACAGAAACCUUAGUGAGUUCUUCAGGCGGAAGCUAAAGCCCCAAGCCCGACCCGUCUGCGGUAUCCACAGUAUGGUAAGUGGCAGAGAUGUGAAGGGCAGUGGUGCUGAGUUGAUGGAGAAGCAGUAGCCACACUGCUGAUAGACACCAUCAAGGCCCUAUCCCAUCCAACCUUUAGAGUUUCUUUGCCAAGUUAACUGCAUCAGACCUGAUUCACUGGAGCUGAUGAAUAUGGGCUGUUUUAAAAGGCCUCUUUCUGGUGUUUUGAUGCUUAAUUCUGAUGGCUGCUUUGUGGUUUUUAUGCCAAUAUUUUGAUUUAUGCUUUGGUUGCAUUGCGGAUUGUUCUAGAACUGUUGGGUUUUUUAAAAUCAUUGAUCAUCUUCUGAAUAGAAUAGUGGGGUAGAAUUUUUUUAAAAAAUUAAUAGUGUUUAGAGAAGUGGCAGGUGCUAACACGAGAAUUUUUGGUGCUGUUUGCUCCCUGUAGAUCAGUCCAUCCGAUGGCAAGAUUCUCAGCUUUGGACAAGUGAAGAACUGUGAAGUGGAGCAAGUAAAAGGCAUCACUUACUCACUGGAGUCCUUCCUGGGUCCACGUGCUGUUAAAGAGAACUGUAAAAGCAAGCCAGGUAAGUGCACACAGGCACACUCUGGGGCUCAACAUCAUUCCACUGAACUUGGCAUCUGCAGAGGACGCAACCACUGGAUGCCAUGUAAUAGCUGCAUUGGGCCCUGACUGGGCACAGGCAUUGAGCCACCCCUUCCUCUUCCUCCUUGCAGCUGCUUCUGUCUCACCUACAGCUGCCUACGUUCCUGUAUUGUACAUUGUGUUGAAGCCUCAAAAACCAUUUUACUCGUUAUUCUUUCAGCCUCCUCAUUCCAAAAGCAGCUGGUAACAAAGGACUGCAAUGAGCUCUAUCACUGUGUGAUUUACUUGGCGCCUGGAGACUACCACUGCUUCCACUCACCGACCGACUGGAAAGUGUCUCACCGGCGUCACUUCCCAGGUAGGCCAGGUUUCCAGAGAUACACAUGCAGUGGAAGGUUGCUGCUAAACACUGCAUUUUAAUAAAUAUUUGUCGGUGAAGUCAUAUCCCUUCCAACUCUGUGAUUCUGUGUAAAAGCCAAUGGUUCCUGAACCAAGAGUCAUUUGAUGCUGGACAUCAUCCUUCCUUUGAGAAGAAGCAUGAUUUACCAGGAAGUGUUCAGAAUGUAAAAGGCACUGAAUGAAUUUGCCCUUUAAAAAUAGCAAGUGAUCCCAUCUCUAAGUCCUUCUCAAAUUAUUAUUUCUGCAGGAUUUUAAGUGGGAAAAUGGUUGUGAUCACGCUUAUACUAUGAGUGAUUGGAUUCCCUCCCUCCCUUAUUGCCCUUACAAAAGUACACCAGUGUUUGUUGCUCCUGGGUGUCUAACGUAAUUUUAAAACUACCAGGUAAUAAAUGAUGUCAUACCUUUCAAUUUGGGGCUUCUCCAGCUUGCCCCUUUCCACUUUCCAGCCCAAAGCCUCACCUGUGGCUUAAUGCAGGAAGACGGUCUUACAGAGCUGAAAGCUGCUUCAUUCAAGCUGUUUCUGAGAAUUUGCUUUCAUCCUCCCAACAGUGGCUGGGGAAAUAAAAGGGUGGCUCUGCCCAUUUCUCUCCUUGCUCCCCAUAGGCUCCCUGAUGUCUGUGAAUCCAGGGGUUGCUCGCUGGAUCAAAGAACUCUUCUGCCAUAAUGAACGCGUUGUACUCAGUGGCUACUGGAAGCACGGUUUUUUCUCUCUGACUGCAGUAGGAGCCCAAAAUGUGGGAUCAAUCCGCAUCUAUUUUGAUCAGGUGAGUCGAGCCUUUCAAACACUUGAGAAGGAGGAAUCAUUGUCCCAUGUGCCCCCACCAUUUAGAGUGCAAGUGGAACGGUGAGGCUUGAACUGUGUUGAGCUGCCCGUUGCUGUCCCACCUUUGCAGUUUCCAAAGUAACUCAGGACCCCAGGACUUUACUGGAUAAGGGCCUGCUCUAGACAUUACGCAGGAGGGGCCAGAGCUCAAUGGUAGGAAUGAAAAGGUUCCUAGGUUCAAUCAUUGGAAGCAUCUCUGGCCAAAAAAAAGGACCAGGUGGCAGCAGGUGAUGGGAAAGGGCAACCGAAUUCCCUGUUGGAGGGAGCUCCCCCUCUCCCAGGAAGUGGACAAAUGGCCUGAACCUGGUAAAAGGUUGCUUAAUAUUUUCAGGGGAGCAUGUUGAUGGUGGCAUCACUUGCCCAGCCUGUGAGCAAUCACUUGGGACAUAUUAAAUGACUGUAAUAAUCCCAGCUCCUGAGGAAUCUUAGAACUGUAAAACCUUUUCUUGUUGCUAAUUCCCAAGUGAGUGCCGUUACCUCCUUUUGCAUAGCUGAAUAAUUUUCUUUGUUCUGCUCCCAAGUUUCCAACUUGGUUAUGGAACUGAGUGCAACUUCAGUCCUGCAAGGCAGCAGGUGGGAGUGGGUGUUCUUGAGCAUCCUGCAAACAAUUCAUAGGUUCCGGGAAAGAGGGUGGUGUGGUUUUGGCGGCAACUGUGUCACUGUGCAUACAUGCAAACUGGGCCUUGAGCGAGGUUUUAAGUAGCCUCUUGCCUCGUUGCCCAUGGUGAAGAAGAACCUUCUUAUGGUGACCAGACAGGCAGGCACCACCAAAAUGCCUCCCUCCCUGCACUUCACCCACAAAGGACUAAAGUAGCCAGUGGUUGAGUAACAAAAUGUUACAGGCUUCUUUGCAAGGCACUUACCUGCUUCCCUCCUGGAGUCCUUGUGUAACACCUCUUUUCUUCUCUCCGUGCAGGAUCUGCGUACAAAUAGCCCCAGCUACAGCAAAGGCUCAUACAACGACUUCAGCUUCGUAAACAACAACAAUCAUGAGGGCAUCCCCAUGAGGAAGGGAGAACAUUUAGGAGAGUUUAAUCUAGGCUCAACCAUCGUCCUGAUCUUUGAGGCACCGAAGGACUUUAAUUUUUAUCUGAAGCCUGGCCAGAAAAUCCGCUUUGGAGAGGCCUUAGGAUCUCUCUAG